ACAAGGGAUCCCGGCCAGCUUUCCCAGCGUGGAGUCGGAGGAGGAGGAAGCGCCCUCUCUCGCUCUUUCUCUCUUUCGCUCUGCUCCCCACAAAAAUACACAACACCAGACGGGACGGGAAAGUACGAGAGCCCCCCCGCUCGUCUUCCGACGAGUUGCUGUUACAUGGGGACACGCCAUGACGUCCACAGCGAGCGAAAGGCGGGCGUUUGCUCACAAAAUCAACCGGACCGUCGCCGCAGAGGUUCGGAAGCAAGUGUCCAGAGAGUACGGCUCGCCCCUCAUGUCCAAAAAGCGAGGAACCGUCCACCAUCCCUUACCCCUGACGGAGGUAGUGGAACCGGUGGAUUUUGAGGAAUAUGUGAGCAGUCACGCUCCCGGGGUGGAGCCCGGCCCCCUCAGACAGCUCAUGGAGUUCCCCCAGGAUGACCUGGAGCUCCACCACAUGGACAAGGAGUGUACCACGCUGGAGCCUCCGCUGCCUGAGGAGGAAGACGCACUGGAUCCCAGAGUGAGAGAUGCCUUGGCCGUCUACACAGAUGACUGGCUUGUCAUUCAGAGAAAAUAUCAGCACUAUAGCACCACGCACAGCCCGCACAGCUCAGAGCGACAGCGGGAGAGGCAACGAGGCCUGCUCAAACAGAACUUUGAACUGGAUGAAGCCGCCGCUGCUGAGCGCCAAGAGGACCAGGAGGACGCAAAGCGGCGGUCCGCUUCCAUCGACGAGACGCCGCGGGGCAGCUGGGCCUCCAGUAUCUUUGACCUGAAGAACUCUGCCCCCGACGUGCUCCUGCCAUCCGUGCUGGAGCGCACGGGGCCCGAGGACAUGGACUGCCGCAACACAGAGGCUCGCCUGCAGGGGCGCCACAGGGACCUUCUGGGCCUCUACCCGCCCCCCGACGAGGACGAGGCCGUGGAGCGCUGCUCCGUCCCCGAAGUACCCAAAGAACACUGUGGCCAGAGAAUCAUGGUCAAGUGUCUCUCUCUCAAAUUUGAGAUAGAAAUCGAACCAAUAUUUGGAUCGCUUGCUUUGUAUGAUGUCAAGGAAAAGAAAAAGAUUUCUGAGAAUUUCUACUUCGACCUGAACUCUGAUCAGAUGAAAGGCCUUCUGAAGCCCCACACACCUCACAUCGCCAUUUCCACUCUGGCUCGCUCGGCCAUUUUCUCCAUCACAUACCCGUCCGCUGAUAUCUUCUUGGUCAUUAAGCUUGAGAAGGUUCUUCAGCAAGGAGACAUCGGAGAGUGCUGUGAACCCUACAUGGUCAUGAAAGAGUCUGACUCUUCCAAGCACAAAGAGAAGCUGGAGAAACUGCGACUGCAGGCAGAGCAGUCUUGUAGUCGUCUUGGCUGCUUCCGCAUGCCUUUUGCCUGGACGGCCAUUCACCUUUUCAACAUCGUCAGUAGCGUGGGAGGUCUGGACCGCUUGGACCCCGACUCCGACUCUGAGCGCAAAGGCCACGGCACGUGGAACGAGAGGAAGAAGAAGGGAUUCGAGCGGAUGAGUGUUGGCGACGACAUGUGCAACUUUGCCACUUUCCGUCCGGCAACUUUGACCGUCACUAACUUCUUUAAACAGGAGGGAGACAGGCUGAGUGACGAAGAUUUAUACAAGUUUCUGGCAGACAUGCGCAGACCAUCGUCUGUUCUGCGGCGACUAAGGCCUGUCACAGCCCAGUUAAAAAUCGACAUCUCCCCGGCGCCGGACUCUCCUCAUUACUGUCUGUCACCCGAGCUGCUCCACGUGAAGCCCUAUCCCGACCUGCGGGUUCGCCCCACCAAAGAAGUGCUGGAAUUCCCUGCUCGCUAUGUGUAUGCACCGCAUACCACCUACAGGAACCUGCUCUACGUUUAUCCACAAAGUCUGAACUUCAGCAGCCGCCAGGGCUCGGUGAGGAACAUCGCCGUGAAAGUUCAGUUCAUGGCGGCAGAGGACCCCAGCCAAGCUUCGCCGGUCAUCUUUGGGAAGUCGAGUUGUGCUGAGUUCAUGAAAGAGGCAUUCACCCCCAUCAUCUACCACAACAAGUCUCCUGAGUUCUACGAGGAGAUGAAGCUGAAAAUUCCUGCCAACCUCACAGACAACCACCAUCUUCUCUUUACCUUUUACCACAUCAGCUGCCAGACCAAACAGAACACUCCUCUUGAGACUCCUGUGGGCUACACUUGGAUCCCUUUAAUGCACCACGGACGACUGCGCACGGGCUCUUUCAGUUUGCCCGUCUCUGUAGAGAAGCCCCCGCCCAGCUACUCUGUGCUCACCCCCGAUGUUCAGCUGCCAGGCAUGAAGUGGGUGGAUAAUCACAAAGGUGUGUUCAACGUGGAGGUGACAGCAAUGUCCUCAGUGCACACACAGGACCCCCACCUGGACAAGUUCUUUACUUUAGUCUACGUGCUGGAGGAGUACACCUUCCCCUUCCGCCUCAAGGACGUCAUCAUCACCGAGGCCAACAUGGAAGGCGAGCUGAAGGCCAGCAUGGCCGCACUGAGGGGAGCACUGCUGGACACCUGCGUUAGGUUCCUACACCAGCUGCUCAACAAACUCAUUCAGCUUAUCAUCUACCCUCCGGUCAUUGCAGGUCAAAUUGUAAAUCUUGGCCGCGCUGCCUUUGAAGCCAUGGCUCUUUUGGUCAACCAGAUCCACAAGAAUCUGGAGGGCAACCAGGACCAGCAUGGACGCAACAACCUGCUGGCGUCCUACAUUUAUUACUGCUUCCGCCUGCCAACUGCUGAGCCAGCAAUGCUGCCGCCAACAGCUGGCACUCUAUCCUAUGAGAUGCCGUUGCAGUACGCCACCUUCUCCAGAGCGACGGGCCGCCCCAGCAGCCUUAACCUUGCUCGCUCAAAAAGUAUAAGCAACUCCGACCCUGACUUGGCCAGCACUCCAGUUUCUCCUGACGAAGAAGUGCAAAGGAUCAUCGGCAGCAAGGGCAUUGAUCGCUCCCACUCCUGGGUAAACUCUGCUUGUGCCCCUGGGGGCUCCAGGGCUGUACUACGUCGGAACCCCAACUCCAACUGUGAGCUCAAGCAGCUGCUCCACGAAGAGCUGGCUCUACAGUGGGUUGUCAGCACCAGCAGUGUGAGGGAAGCGGCACUGCAGCAGGCCUGGUUCUUCUUCCAGCUCAUGACAAAAAGCAUGGCCCAGCAUUUGUUCCUCACUUCGAAAUUGGACAUUCCCCGGCGGCAGCGCUUCCCAGACCGCUUUGUGGACGACAUUGCUGCGCUUGUCUGUGCCAUCAGUGCAGACAUUGCCAGCCGAUACCACAAGGAUGUGGAGCUUGUGGAGAGGUUAAAUAGCAGUCUGGCCUUCUUCCUCAAUGAUCUGUUGUCUCUCAUGGACCGAGGCUUUGUGUUCAACCUCAUCCGCUCCUACUACAAACAGAUUGGCAACAAGUUGCACAUGACACCGAACCCUAGCUCUCUGAAUGCUCUGCGGAUGGACUUUAUGCGAAUCAUUUGCAGUCACGAGCACUACGUUGUCCUCAACCUGCCUUGCUCCACUCUCAGCCCUCCGGCGUCGCCUUCCCCCUCCACGUCCUCCACCACCUCACAGAGUUCAGCAUUUUCCAAUAUGGUGCAAGACCAAGGCGUGGCGACCAUGUUUGAGCUCUCUGUCCCAUUUCGGCAACAGCACUUCCUGUCUGGCCUGCUGCUCACUGAGCUGGCGCUCAUACUUGAUCCUGAAGGAGAAGGGGUUUUUUUCCUUCAUAAAAAAGCUAUUUGCGCAGUUCACUCCCUGCUGUGCAGCCAUGAUUCCGAUCCGCGCUACAGCGACCCUCAAGUCAGAGCUCACGUCGCUCAGCUGUACCUGCCCCUCCUCCCUAUCGUCACGGAGGCCCUGCAUCAGCUUCAUGACUUUUCGGACUCCACGCUGUCUCGAGUCCGCCAUGCCCACGCCAACGAUGCUGACAUAGACGGUAGCAGCACUAUCAGUCAGUCUGUUGCCAUGGCAAUUGCCGGCUCCCCAUUGCCGCAUGCCAAGGUUAACCCGUUUGCAAUUCCCACAGUGGCCGGGCGUCAGGGCAGCUCUCUGUCUGCCGAGUGCAGCCGAACUCUCCUGGCGUGCUUCCUUUGGGUGCUGAAGAACGCAGAUGCUGCUCUCCUGGAGCGCUGGGUAUCAGAUCUGUCAGUGCAGCAAAUCAACCGCUUAUUGGAUCUUUUGCAUCUCUGCAUCUCCUGCUUUGAAUACAAGGGCAAGAAGGCUCUGGAGAGGAUCAACAGCCUGACGUUUAAGAAGUCUCAGGACAUGAAGGCCCGUCUGGAGGAGGCCAUUCUCGGUACCAUAGGUGCUCGUCAGGAGAUGGUGCGCCGUUGCCGAGAGAGGAGUCCCUAUGGCAGCCAGGAAAACGUCCGGUGGAGAAAAAACGUCACUCACUGGAGACAAAACACAGACAGGGUCGACAAGACUAAGGCUGAGGUGGAGCAGGAGUCUUUGGUGGAUGGAAACCUAUCUGCAGAGGCAUCUCUGAUAGUACUAGAUACACUGGAGAUUGUAGUCAAGACUGUAGUGGCAUCGGAGCUGAAGGAAAGCGUGUUAGGUGGCGUGCUGAGAGUUCUUCUCCACAGCAUGGCAGGGAACCAGAGCGCCCUCUUCCUGCAACACUGCUUUACGACACAGAGAGCUCUCGUCUUCAAGUUUCCAGAGAUGUUGUUUGAAGAGGACACGGAGCUUUGUGCCGACCUGUGCCUUCGUCUGCUGCGCCACUGCAGCAGCAGCAUCGCCUCCGUCAGAAGUCACGCCUCUGCCUCGCUUUACCUGCUCAUGAGGCAAAACUUUGAGAUAGGAAAUAAUUUUGCCCGAGUAAAGAUGCAGGUUACAAUGUCGCUGUCCUCGUUGGUGGGAACCUCGCAAAACUUCAACGAGGAACAUCUCCGUCGGUCUCUCAAGACCAUCCUGACUUACGCCGAGGAGGAUGUGGAGCUGCGUGACACCCCCUUUCCAGAACAGGUUCAAGAUCUGGUGUUCAACCUCCACAUGAUUCUCACAGACACUGUGAAAAUGAAGGAACAUCAGCAGGAUCCUGAAAUGCUCAUUGACCUGAUGUACAGGAUUGCAAAAGGCUACCAAAACUCCCCAGACCUGCGCCUCACGUGGCUUCAGAACAUGGCAGGCAAGCACUCUGAAAGAGGGAACCACGCCGAGGCGGCUCACUGUCUUGUCCACAGCGCCGCUUUGGUAGCGGAAUACCUCAACAUGUUGGAGGAUUGCCGCUACUUGCCUAUUGGCUGUGUCACCUUUCAAAAUAUUUCCUCCAACGUGCUGGAGGAGUCAGCUGUAUCAGAUGAUGUCCUAUCACCAGAGGAGGAGGGUAUUUGUGCUGGAAAAUACUUCAGUGAAUCAGGCCUGGUGGGCCUCCUGGAGCAAGCAGCUGCCUCUUUUAACAUGGCUGCCAUGUAUGAGGCCAUAAAUGAGGUGUACAAGAUUCUACUACCCAUCCAUGAAGCUAACCGAGACUUCAAAAAGCUGGCUACGGUCCACGGGAAGCUGCAGGACGCCUUCAACAAAGUUUACAACCAAAGUUCAGGAUGGGAGAGGAUGUUUGGCACCUACUUCCGGGUGGGUUUCUAUGGCUCUCAUUUUGGGGACCUGGAUGAACAGGAAUUUGUCUACAAAGAGCCAUCAAUCACCAAGCUGGCUGAGAUCUCUCACAGACUUGAGGAGUUCUACUCUGAGAGGUAUGGGGACGAGGUGGUUGAAAUAAUCAAGGACUCCAACCCGGUGGACAAAAGCAAACUGGAUGCCAACAAGGCCUAUCUCCAGAUCACCUAUGUCGAGCCUUUCUUUGACACCUACGAACUGAAGGAAAGAAUCACCUACUUCGACAAGAACUACAACCUGCGCACCUUCAUGUACUGCACGCCCUUCACACUGGACGGCCGCGCCCACGGAGACCUCCACGAGCAGUACAAGCGUAAAACCAUCCUGACGGCAUCACACGCGUUCCCCUACAUCAAGACGCGUGUAAACGUCAUUCACAAGGAGGAGAUCAUCCUGGUGCCUAUCGAGGUUGCCAUUGAGGACAUGCAGAAGAAGACGCAGGAGCUCGCUUUCGCCACGAACCAAGACCCGGCCGACUCCAAGAUGCUGCAGAUGGUGCUGCAGGGCUGCGUGGGCACCACAGUCAACCAGGGCCCCCUGGAGGUGGCGCAGGUCUUUCUCACUGACAUUCCCGAUGACCCGAAGCUCUUUCGCCAUCACAACAAAUUGCGGCUGUGCUUUAAAGACUUUGCGAAGAGGUGUGAGGAUGCCCUGAGGAAGAACAAGACUCUGAUUGGGCCCGAUCAGAGGGAGUACCACAGAGAGCUGGAGAGGAACUACAAUAAACUCAAAGAAGCGCUGGGUCCUCUCAUCAACCGCAAGAUCCCGCAGCUCUACAGGACCCUGCCAGCUACGGCUACACAAACACAGCGGAACUCGUACAGUCGCUCCAGUCUCCGAAGAGUCGAGGGCUGAGGCCAAUCUGAUGACUUUGCAAACUGCCCCGCCAGACAGCAACUGUCAUAGGCACACCCACUGUUGAUAUUUUACUACACACAUACAUAUAGUCACCCUGUCUUGCUAUUAUCUCACACACACACACACACACACACACACACCCCUAUGUCGUCGUCAUCAUCCUACACACACAUAAAUCACUCCUAGACUUCCCUCCUCGCCUCCACUCUCACACCUCAGCUGUUUAUACUGGAAGGUUAUCUGCACCGCAAACAUCAUUUUUUAGAGAGGCCCUCGGCGAGUGCAGCACCGUUCUCAUGUCACAUCGCAUCAACAUGCGCACCGGGACAAAAAGGAAUGCGUAACGGGAUGCUUCGGACAGAAAGUCUUGAAGAGGACUGAUUUUUAUCUUUGGAUCUUGGCAAGUGUUUGAACUCCAGACUCGUUGGGUUUCAUUUCCCCCCCUUUCUCAUUAUUUGCUUUGAUUCGCCGCCUUGUUGAGACAUUGUUGCGAAGCGCCGCUGGUGGCCAAAGACAUUCAAUUAAAACGUCCCCGGAAAUUUUCUCUCGCUGUAAACUCGCCAAAUAACUGACAUUCCUCCGUCCUCGGCCCUAUUGUAGGAGUUUAAUAUGUACUAUAGAUCGGAGGGUGAGUUUGUUUGAGGCGUCAGGUCCGCGGUCCGCCGAGAUUAAUGUCAAACGUCGGACCCCCCACUUUGGAAGGCACUGCACUCCCUCACCAAAUAUGUCCAAACUGUGACUUUGACCGUCUGCCUGCAUCCGCUCAAGAUGCGCUUUGUGAUGUCACAGCACGUGGGCUACACUGAAUGAACUCCUGAAGAAGCGUGAUACUGUUCCUACUACUGUACCAAUUAUAUUGCACUAUUGUAAACUUACACUGUAGUAGUAAUACUAGUGCAUUUCUGAUUCUAUCAAGACCUGAUUUUUUUUUUUUUUUUCUUUUUAACCUCUUCGAUAAAUGUUUUAUUUAUUUACAUGGACUUUUUUUCUACUGCCUUCUAUUAAAUUACUUUUCCUACAA